CUAUUUUGACAAUGUUUUCACAUUCUGAGAACAUUUGGCAUGCAAAUUAGGCCCCACGCCUCGAUUGACCCAAAUUGAAAGGCGAUAAAAUGUGCGUGAAUGCCGAAAAAUCGGUUUAGUUCGCUGACAGACAGACGGGAAGGCCCGAAAUUAUGUUGCUACCCAUAACAUUAACGUUAACUUUGGCGAUCAUCGUCAGCCUGGCAACAUCUGCGACGCAUUUUAGCCAGGUAAAACGAAAACAUUGGAAACGUGCUCCCGCUCAUGGAACCUUCAACGUGGAUGCCUAUGCUUACAACAAGCCCGUGGUGAACCUGGUGAAGCACUUGCCCAGGUCUGGCCAGGCUCUACCCGUGGGUCGGCUGCUGGAGCAGAUCGCGCUGAGCAGUCGAGUGAGCGAAGUGCCCAGAACUGAAUACAGAAACCUCGAUUCGAGUCGAGAAUCUACGGGCAGCAUGGAUCCAGCCUCAUUAGCUGCUCUCAAUAGUGAAUUGGCGCAGAUGCAAAUGAAUUUGAAAUUAUAUUCACACGAAUUUCAUGUCCAGGACAAGGGCAAGAAGAAAAUUGUGAUUAUAAAUACACUGGGAGGUGACAAGCAGAAGGAGUCGGUUGAGAAGUCACCAGAGUUGGAGAAACCGGAGCAGCAGAGUCCAUUGAAUCUGAAAUUGGCAUUACCUGAGCGCUGGGCAGACGAGGUGGCAACCUCACGGCCAAAGCCGGACAAUUCGAACGAAGUUUUGACGAACACUCGAGCAAUUAGCCCAAUGAAAGCUCAGCUAGCCAAAAUGGAAACAGCUCAGGAGUUGGACAAACUGGCGAAGCUGCCAGACGACAGCAAAAAGCGAACAAAUGAUGCGACAACAAUCGAAAUGGCAUCAACAACUGCAGAGAGGGGGGAGCAGCUAAAGUCAGGACAACAGUCGAAGACUAUUGUAAAUGUGAACCAUGUGGAGGUCGAGGGCUUACAGAAGCACUUGGGCAUUAAGCGGGGGCAGAUGGAAGAGCACACGCAGCAGCAGCAGGUGAACAGCGAGCAGGAGUUGGGUCAGAUAGACGGGCAGGCAAAUGAAGAGGGACAGCAGCAAGUGGAACUGCAAGAGAAACUGAAGAUGGAACAGAGUGAGCUGCAGCAAAUAGACAGACCGUUGACAGAGGUAGAGCAGUCCAACUUGAAGAAACAGCAGGGGGAACUAAUGAGAGAGGAACAAGAAAAACUUAAGAAGAAAGAAGAACUGCAACAGAAGCUCAGCGGAACAGUGGAAAGGGAACAAACACAGCUGGAGCAGAGUCAGGUGAUGCAAGAGCAGAUGAGAGAAGAUCCAGCUGGAAAUGUGACCAAGGCAGAGCAGCAGAUAGAGCAUCCACAGCAACUAGAUAAAUAUAACCUGGAGCAGCAGAAGGAAGUUGAGCCACAAGAGCAGAUGCUAAAGCUAGAUCAACUCAAGAAACAGCACAGAGUGGAGCAGCAACAAAUUGAGAAGCAGACACAGAUGAAAGAACAUCAGACAGCAGCAAAGCUAGAGCAGCUAAUGGACAAAGAAGAUGAGAAAUUGGAGCCAGUCGCACUACAGUUGCAGCCGAAUCCGAAGCCUGAUCAAAAUGUUGCUGACGCACACGUUGCUGCUGUGGAUGCAGCCAAGAAAGAUGACAGCCAAUAUGACAAUGAUGGCCCAGCAGCUGGCAUGAAUAUGUCGGGCGAGCCAAAGCUCGAGUCCAAGCCAGAAGCUGGUGCUGCUGGAGCUGAACCGAAAGCAGGACCCACUCCAACUCCAGUGCCAGCUCCGGCUCCAGCUCCGACUCGAAAGCUGAUGACGUCUGUUGGACAGACAGCAGAUGUCAAGGCGACAACGGAAAUCAGCUCACAGGACAAGCGCCAACCAAUGCCAAAGGGGCAAAAGGGGCACAACGGAAAAAUGGGGCAAAAGGCAGCCAAAGGCAAGGGCAAGCGACGACCCACUGAUGAGCAGGAAAUCGAAACUACGACAAAUUGGUGGCAGAUACUACCAUAUGCGGAAAUUAGAAAAUUUUUGAAUACGAUCUAUGAUAGCAUCGCUGACGAUGACGACGCCAACGACGAAAGAGCCCAACGGAUGCGGACAGAAGCAGCGAUUGGAGCGCUAGAAUAGGAGAUUGUGAAUU